AUGAUAGAAGAGAGGUCCAUCAUUAGUCUAAUCAUAUUUAGGAAUAAGGUGUUUUUGAAGCUUGCGUUAAGAGCAGUUCAAUCAUUAGAAGCUCACCAGAUCAAAAAACUUUUUGAACUUGAAGAAAAUUUCGAUGACUUGGAUUGGACUGAGGCUUUGAAUUGCUUAGAGGCAAUUAGAAUUGAGCAUGACCUCGAAUAUGUUUUGAAAGCUUUUCUAUCACCCAGACACACUAAAUCUAUGUUGAAAUAUCUUUAAAAGGAGCUUUUGCAUAGAGAGAAAUUAUUUGAACAAGCUAAAAGAUAGCAUGAAAAAGAGUAAGAACAAGAGGAAAGAGAAAAAGAUAGAGAAGAGCGCUAGAAAGAAAGAGAGGAGGAAUUGAAUGAAAGACAAAGAGAAAGAGAAAUAAGAGAAUAAGAAAGAAAAAAAGAGAGAGCAGAGAGAGAAAAGGAGAGAGAAGAAGAACUUUAAGAAAGAGAAAAGGAAAGACAAGAUAGAGAAAAGGAAAGACAAGAUAGAGAAAAAAGACAGGAGGAAUGGGAAAAAUCUCACUAAGGAAAAGAUAUUGACGAUAAUGAUGAUGGCAAAGGCGAUCAUACAGUUAUCAUAAAGCCAAGACCAGCUAAAAAAGAUGAAACUCAAACAAUUAAAUUGAGCCCAUCACCAGGUUCAAAUUGGAAUAUCAAGAGCUCUGGAGGAGAGGGCAAUCAAUUCACCUUCUCAUUCAAAGGAAAAGAUAGUAAGAAAUAAGCAAAGACUGUUGAUGUUAAUUACUCUGAGCCAAAGGUUGAAUAAUAUUACGUCACUGACUACGAGCCAUACCCAGUGUUCUACCCUGAUGUUCAAGAUACAGUUUGGAAUUUCAAAGAAUCUGGAAAUUCAAGGGGAAACUCAGUCAAUGUAGUGAUUAACAAUCCUAAAAAGACUCCAAUCCUAAAUUUCAACGAUCCUGAAAAUUAGCAUCAUAGCAAAAAGCACUCAAAACAUCAACAAACUCAAUAAUUUUGA